AUGGCAUUGGCAGUAAAAGCUGGUGGUUCAAUGUCAUAUCAGAUUCCGGUUUUGACCCCAACCAACUAUCCGGUAUGGGCAGUCAAAGUAAAGUCCAUCAUGGAUGCACAUGGCAUAUGGGAGACUGUUGAAGCAAAGCCACCGGGUGGAGAAUCGGAUCCAAAGAAGAAGAAACAAGCUCUUGCUUUCUUGUUUCAAGCAAUACCUGAAGAGAUGGUGUUGCAAAUGUCCGAUUACACCGAUCCAAAAAGGGUUUGGGAAGGAUUAAAAACUCUGUAUUUGGGUGUGGAUCGAGUAAGAACGGCUCGAUUAGCAACUUUGAAGAGGGAACUAGAAAGCUUGCGUAUGAAGGAGGGAGAAACCGUUGAUGAUUUUGCAGCCAAGUUGAGUGGUUUAGCUUCGAAAGCACGGAGUCUCGGACAUGAACUUGAAGAAGUUGACUUGGUGAAAAGGUUACUUGAUUCUAUGCCCAAGUCUUUUCUUCAAAUUGUGGCGUCGAUUGAGCAAUGCUUUGAGUUGGAUACGAUGUUUUUUGAUGAAGCCGUCGGUAGACUAAAGGCAUAUGAGGAGCGUAUCAAAGGAUCCGAGAAGGUGGAGGAUGUUCAUGGUGGGUUGUUGUUGUCAAGAGAAGAAAAGUCGGAUGGUUGUAUGCAUUGUGGCAGUGGCGGUUCGCAUCGGGAUGGCUUUGGACGUGGUCGGGGAAGAGGUCGUGGGUCCGGGAGGAUCCAAGAUGGUAAGGAAUGUGUUCGGGACAAGAGUCACGUAAAAUGCUACAAAUGUGGUGAAUUCGGUCAUUACAACAAUGAAUGUCCAAAGUGGGAAAAAGAAGCAAACUUGAUCAUCAAGGAGGAGCCGACAUUGCUGUGA